GUCAUUAGGAAACAGUACCUGUUGUGCUUCAACGGAGCUUUCGGCCGUGACUGGCUGAAGUCUCGCGAAUUUUGACAGUCAGAUGUCGUGUUUGCUGGCGAAUGAAUGCGAAUAGGGAGCUUUCAAAUAGAACGCCCAGCUUUUGCUGGGGAAAAACAGGGUAUUUCAAAUUUCUGAUAAGAAGAGCUUUGUCCGAAAAUGAUAGUCAUGCAUGUGAACAUCCUAAGCCGGAGCUUCAAAAUAAGAUUAAGCGGUUAGUGUUUGCCUUUGGAGUGUACCGUUGAUGCAUCCAGGUCAUGAGCGCAUAGCGGGGUAAUAAGAGCGGUAG